GCUAUAACUAUAUAGGUGUUGCUUUUUACUACUCACAGGAGACAUUGGUUAUCAAUCUAGUUAUAUUCUUUGUGGUGAUAUAGUUUACACUUCAAGUUUUCUACUUAUGUGAUUUAUUUAUAUUGCUUAUACUUUUUACACUGCGUACCUUAACUUUUGCUUUUUCUACGUCCAAAUAUCGUUUGUUUCGUUCGGAGACUGACAUUCUAUUUCGGAUCUUAUAUAUAAAACCAUCUUAAGUUUAUUUUCAGAUACUUCAUAGGUAAUGAAAUGAUCCGUACAGCAUCUGACGAUUAUUUCUUUGUUAAGCGUCAUAGUACUUUGAGAUUCGUCCAAUAUUAUGUUGAAUAUAUGUGGUUUUGGAUUUUUAAUUGUGUUCUCUUGUCUGAAUCUUAUAAUAUGUUAUUUCUUCCAGUAUGCUAUAGUAGCUUUUACGGGAGAGGAACAGGAGGAUGCAGAAGAAACAAUCGCAGUGGUUCCUGUGAAAUGGAUUGACAAGCUUCACGAUGACAUCACAGAUAUUUUCUGGCCUCCAAAAAGAUGGCCAGAAAAAGGGUCAAGAGCAAUACACCUAAAAAGAGCUAUAAAAAAUUGUAUUGAGCCUGACAUUCAUUGGCCACUUCUUAAAGGAUCAGUCCUACAUUUAUACCAUGAGUAUGAUUAUGCAAUUAAAGGUUUGAAGAAAGCUGAAGAUAACACAUCACUUGAAACGGAGGCGGAUGACGCUCCACGAAGAAAGAAGCUACCAAGGCGUUAUAUAGAUUCUGAUGGAGACAAUGAAGAUGAUGAAGAGAACAAUAUGCCGACUAAGAAAAAAGGUCGUUGCAAGAGAAAAGUUACAAAACUUAGUGAAAGUGAUGAUGAGAGUGGGAGCAAGACUUUGCCUCGGAUAAAUUCUGAUAUCUUGAAUGCAGUUAAAGAAAAUAGCAUCCAUGUGCUUAAAGAAAAUAACAUGAAAAACAAAGUAAGGAGAGAAAAAGCGCUCAGAAGGCAAUCUCUUGAGGACUGUACAAGGCUCAGAAUCCUUCAAGAAUUCCCAAACUAUUCAAAGUCCCAAAGCCAAGGCGAUAAACAAAAACAACAGAAAAAAGUUCACAGUAGUCAAUUUGGAAAUGAUGUCAGAAAAAAUCACAAUGAAAAACGAAAAAUGGAUCAUACUAAUCGGAAAAAUUUUAUGUCCGUCAGAAUGCCAAGCGAGAAUAGUGCAGCAACAUUUUUUAAUAGUAAAAUGUCCUCAGUUCCCUCCCCUAUCAAGGAAAAAGUGGCAAACGACAAAAAGAGUAAAACCUCAGAGAUUCAUAAAACUUCCACUCAUAACUUGUCAAUAUCUGCACCUGAUGUAGCAUCGAGUGAUAUUUCUCUUCAAGAUCAUACUGAAUCUUCAUUUCCAUUCUCAACAGAGAUAAAUAGUUCUGAUAAGGGACUUUCAUGUUUGUCUCAAAAUUCACAAUGUUCCUUGGUACACACCAUCACUUGUGGUACGAGAUCUGAAGCAUGUUCUUAUUCAUCACCGGAUUCAGAAACUAAUCAAAAUGGCAUUUUACUUGAGAAAAAAAGCGACGAAGAGACAAAAAUGCAACUGGAGCCUUCUUACUCUUUCAAAUCCAAAGGUAAUUUUACAUGCAAACAAUGUCAUAAUGAAAUUAUGCUGAACAGUACAGUACUCCUGGAGGUAAGCAAAAAGUUGGAUUCAGUGCUGAUAAACCAGGCAAUCAUUAUGCGGUCUGUCAAUCCAGAUUAUGCCAAAUCCAUGACACCUUUUCACAUUCCAAAUAUUCCAUUAAAAACAAGAGAAGACUUUCAAAACAUGGAAAUUUUUUUGGCAGCUAAUCGUAUUAAUUUUGAAGCUGUGCGAGAUCUACUUCAUUCUAAAUGUGCCAGUGCUUUAAGCACAUUUGUUCCUUCAGAGCGCAGUAUUACAGGGAACAUUUUAUCGAAGUUGAUCUCAAAUAGUCUUGCCAAGCUGAUAACUUGGAGUGGGUCAGAAGGCAAUAAGAUAAAGUUCUCUGAGACAAAACAAUGUGAAAUUGUAUUUUGUGCAGUUAAAUUACGAUUUCCUGAUAGCUUUCUUACUGACGCUGAAGCUAAAAUCAAGCGUUGGUUCCAAACUGCCAAUGGUAGGAGAGUUAGUGAAUCUCAUGAUUCUGAUGCUUAACACAUAUACACUCACAUAUAUUAUAUUUUUUCGUUACUUGUACUUUGAUUAGAGGAUUAUUAUUGAUGUUAAUUUUGUUUGUAUUCUUUUCGUCUCUGACAGAUCUAGAUAGCUUCAUGAGAACCUUGAUUUGUUUGAUGUGCAAUACGUUAUUUUUAUAAUAAGACAAAUUUUUGUUCGAAGACUGAUUUUUUCCUAAUGUGGAAAUAGUAUAAAGUAUUACACACAUGAUUUAUUACAGUUUCUAGUCUAUUUGCUUAUCUAUUAUGUAAGCUAAAUUUAGUUGUUAACUAAGUUGGUUUAUAUUUACCCUGCCAACUUCGUUGUGAAGUUAGAUUCUUAGACUUUUUUUUCUCUUUAACUUAGCAGGGAUAUAUGAAAAGUUUUCCUAUAUUUGUUUUAAAUGUCACAUUAUAUAUAUGAUAACAUU